AUGAUUCGAAAAUUAGAACCAGAUUCACUGAAAAUAUAUGAUAGAAUUCUUUCUGAACAGCUCAAAAGCGACUUUAUUGAAUUGGUUCCCAAUGACGAUACAACCAUUGGUAAUUAUUUGCUUCAUCGAUCCGUCAAAAAGGACUCUGAAUCAAUACCGAUUCGCCUUGUAUAUGACGCUUCUGCGACCACUAAUAAAAACCAUCCUAGUUUGAAUCAAUGUUUGGAGACGGGUCCUCCUUUGCUCAAUUCACUGACUGAGAUUCUGAUAAGAUUCAGGGCUAUUUCAAUCGCGCUGGUUGCAGAUAUUGAAAAAGCCUUUCUGAUGAUACGUCUGUCUGAAAGUGACAGAAAGUUCACAAAGUUUCUUUGGCUCAGCAAUCCAUCCGAUAUUGAAAGUAGCUUUGUGGCUUAUCAAUUUAAGUCAGUAUUAUUUGGGGCCACAUGUAGCCCAUAUAUUUUGAAUGUGGCCAUUCGAGCACUUACAAAUGAAUACAAAGAUAAUCCAAUUGCACUUCAGCUGCAAAGGGAUAUUUACGUCGAUGACGUAAUAUCAGGUUGUGAUAAUGAAGCACAGGCUUAUUCCUACUAUGAAACGUCCACUUCGAUUCUAGCAACACGAAGUUCUAACCUCCGUCAGUGGAGUACUAAUAACAAAUAUAUCCACAACAUAAUGACAGAGGAAAACAAAGCAAAUAACAAAACUAGUGUGAGCGCUCUAGGAUUGAGGUGGAAUACUAUGUCGGACCAACUCUCAAUCAAAACUCCCGAUAAGCCAAAAUUUGGACAUCAAACUUCAAGGAAAGAUGUCGUUGCUUAUAGCGUGACAGUUUACGAUCCCAUUGGUAUGUUUGCUCCUAUCGUCGUGAAAGAUAAGCUCAUUAUCCAAUCACUUUAG